UUUGUUGAUAAUUACUAAAGAAGAAAAGAAAGAUCGGUAAGUAUAAUUGGCAAAAGGAAAGAGGAGGAAGAAAUGGAAGAGAUUGAGAUAGUAAUAGCAGGUGGUGGCAUAUGCGGUCUGGCAACUGCUUUGGCUCUUCACAGGAAAGGGAUAAAGAGUGUGAUUCUGGAAAGAGCAGAAUGUGUUCGUGCGACGGGAUCUGCCAUCGGUGUCUUCCCAAAUGGGUGGCGAGCUCUUGACCAACUUGGUGUUGGCUCUGAUCUCCGCCCAACUGCCGUCCCACUUCUCGGAUGGGUAUACAAUAUUUAACACCCACAAUUGUAUAUACGAAAACAGGGUAAGGGAUGUAUCGCUUCACAACGGCAAGCGGCGUGAAUCAACUUUUUCGCUUACCUCAGUUGGGGAAGGACGGUGCCUGAAACGGAGUGAUCUAGUCAAAGCACUCGCCAAUCAUCUUCCAUCUGGCACCAUUCGCUUUAAUUCACAAAUCGUUUCAGUGGAGUUGGACCCUUUGUCUUCCUACCCUAUUCUUCACCUCAAAGAUGGAACAACCAUUAGAGCCAAGGUUUUGAUCGGAUGUGAUGGGGCCAAUUCAGUAAUAGGUGACUUUCUGGGACUAAAGCCAAAAAAGGUAUUCAGUUCAUUGGCUGUGAGAGGUCUUACAGAGUUUGCAAACCGCCACGGAUUGCCCAUUGAGGGCGUAAGAAUUAGAAGGGGCAACACCAUGUCGGGAGGAGUUCCUCUCAACGAUCACCUACUCUAUUGGUUCUUACUUCACAAAUGGAAUCCUACCGAUCUUGCAAAAGUGGCACAUGAUCCGGAGCUGAUACAAAAAAUGGCUAUAGAAACAUUAAUCGAGCACAAAUUUCCAGCAGAAAGAAUAGAGAUAGUCAAAAGGUGUGAUCUAAAUUCAUUAUCGCUCACUCGCUUGAGAUAUAGGUCACCAUGGGAGGUGCUGUUGGGAAACUUUCGGAAAGGGACGGUAACAGUGGCGGGAGAUGCAAUGCACGUGAUGGGUCCAUUUUUAGGUCAAGGUGGCUCCGCAGCCAUGGAAGACGCAGUGGUGUUAGCGAGGUGUUUGGCAGGAAAGCUUGGUGCAAAACAAAAGAUUGAAGAAGCUUUGGACGAGUAUAUAAAAGAAAGAAGGAUGAGACUGGUUUGGCUGUCUACACAAACCUAUCUUGUUGGCUCGUUGCUUGAUACUUCCUCGUUAAUUAAGAAAAUCUUUAUUAUGAUUUUCAUGGCUCUGCUCUUCCGCAACCCAACUGCUCAUGCCAAAUAUGAUUGCGGACGCCUCUAAUUCUAAUAAAUUCCGGAUUUAACUUCAAAUUUUUUGUAUGAAAAUUAUAAUAAAAUGUAUAAGUUAUCCGUUAAAUGUCAACAAAUUAUAUGUUGUAUGUUAUUAUUUCAGUGGUGAAUUCUUCCCCAAUAAAUACUUUUCGAGUAA